UCAAAAAUCGGACGAACAAGUUCUUUCCUCCGAGAAAACAGAGACGAGCAUCGACGGCAUAGGUAAAACCCUCUUCCUCUUGGAGGAGCAGGAGAAGAUGGAAGGGGAAUCAUCUAGUUCUGGGGAGCAGCAGGUGCCGAGGAUCCAAGACUCAACAUUAAAAUCGGGUCGAACUGUCGAGGAUCCGUUUCUCGACUUCUUCCUGGAUUUGCCCUUCGCCUCCGCCGAUCUCGAUGAGUACAUCAAAGAGGAUAUCAUUAACAGGGGCAAAUCGGCCGAGCAGAUAGCCAAUGAGGGAGGAGAUGGCCUACGAGAAGAAGAAAUUCACUUCGUACCGUAGGUGCUGGGAAGAUCACUGGGAACCAGUUUACGGAUCCUUCCUAGACAUGACGGUUAUCAGUCCUAUGCACUUUACACACUCAACACCUGGACGUGGCCUACAUGAUGCCGCCUGCUUUGCGCCCACCUUGCAGAUCUUCACACUCAGACUCGCGGGAAUAAAAGGUGGCCUCGAAUGGCCACUGUCUGUGUACGGCGUGGUUGCUGCACGCGACGAUGUUGAUCACAAUCGUAACCUUCUCUUCUCUUGCAAUAGAAGCGAGUCUCAAAAACUCGAUCAAGAUGAUCCUUUUUUCCGCUUGGUUGGCCCAUCUCGUGCCAUUUUGUUCACGGAUCAUGUUAAAUUUGAAGUCCAACUACGAGUAAAAGGUACGACAGUGUCUCAAGAUAGAGCAUUGAUCAGUGCUUUCUACCACUACACCGGAGGGUAUUAUCCAGGUGUGAAAACCAUUUGCUUUGAGAACUGCUUCUGCACAACAGAGUUAUGCAUGGAGCGAAUUGAACAAACUGUCCAGGCCACUGUCUUGAGUGCCCGUGUCAAAAAUGGGCCAUGGCCUUUCAAAUAUGGCGGUGAAGUGGCUUGCUUCUCACCGUCGUAUAAUACUGCUCCAUCGUCUAUGAAUGUUGUGCUGCUUGCUUCUCGUGGUAGACCAAUGCCCAAGGGUUCAGAUGGUUACCUCCAUCUAUCAAGAAAUGUUGUGUCUGUCGAAGUGAAAGGAAGCCUAACAUUUUUCAUACGUGCCUACUCUCAGUCUGGUGAGAUUGCAGCACAAGGUCAGGUUCGCUUCAUGCCCAAAGAUUGCAAUAUAAGUAGUAUGGCAUGUUCCUUUGGCGAUCCUAAGGUGGAGGUGGAGAUAUUUGUUGCUUGGUCCGCUCUUGUUUCCGAUAAGAGUCAGAUUGCGGCAGAAGGGGGGGUGUUUGAAAUUUUUAAAGAACAAGGAUGGAUGUUUGAAGAUUCUAAAAAUGUAAUGUGAGCUCACCGUGUUGGGAUCUUGAAUGUUGAAGAUGAUGGCGUGACAAACCUUGAACGAUUUAGCGAUAUUGUAUAUUCUCGCAACUAUCUGUGCAUGUAGUAUGACUUGUAUGU